GUCACUUCCGGCACCGACGCGGCGUCGUCCGCGGCGUCAUCCGCGCCGCAGUCUCCCUAAUUGCGACUGGGAAUUUAGCCUGGUGAGGCGCCUCUGAGAAGAGGGAGUGUCGCUGAGGUGAUGGGAGAGAAUGUGGUCGUUGGCAACAUGGAGAGAGAAAGUGGAAAGUCUGUGGGUGUUGUUGCAGUCGUGACUGAGCCUCGGUUUACCCAGCGCUGCAGGGAAUAUCUCGAGAAGCAGAAACUCUUGGAUCGACAGCACCGUGUGGACAAGAUGCCGGACGGCUCGGUGGCGCUGCCGGUGCUGGGAGAGACGUUUCCAGAGCGGCACCUGCAGGAGCUGAGGAAUCGUGUGGCCCCGGGCGGUGCCUGUAUGCUGACGCGGCUCCCGGAUCCUGUUCCUUCCAAGAGGGCCCAGGGUUGUUCACCUGCCCAGAAAUUGUGUCUUGAGGUGAGUCGCUGGGUCGAGGGCCGGGGAGUCAAGUGGUCAGCCGAGUUGGAGGCUGAUCUGCCCCGAUCGUGGCAACGGCAUGGGAAUCUCUUGUUGCUGAGUGAAGACUGUUUCCAAGCCAAGCAGUGGAACAAUCUGGGGCCGGAACUCUGGGAGACCAUUGCCUCGGCACUUGGCGUCCAGCGUUUGGCAAAACGAGGGCGGGUAUCACCGGAUGGCACUCGAACGCCAGCAGUGACGCUGCUGCUGGGCGACCAUGGUUGGGUAGAGCAUGUGGAUAACGGUAUCCACUAUAAGUUUGACGUGACCCAGUGUAUGUUCUCCUUCGGAAACAUCACUGAGAAGCUUCGAAUGGCAUCAUUGUCCUGUGCUGGAGAAGUGCUGGUGGAUCUCUAUGCAGGGAUUGGUUAUUUUACAUUGCCCUUCCUAGUUCAUGCUGGUGCUGCUUUUGUCCAUGCUUGUGAGUGGAAUCCCCAUGCUGUAGUUGCUCUGAGAGAUAACCUUGAGAUCAAUGGAGUGGCAGAUCGGUGCCAAAUACACUUUGGAGAUAACAGAAAACUGAAGCUCUCAAAUAUUGCAGAUAGGGUGAUCCUGGGGCUGCUUCCCAGCUCUGAAGAAGGCUGGCCCAUUGCCUGCCAAGUGCUACGGCAGGAUGCUGGGGGCAUUUUGCAUAUCCACCAAAACGUGGAAUCUUUCCCAGGGAAAAAUCUUCAGCCUCUUGGGGUCAGCAAAAUAGAGAAAGAGCAUUGGCCUUAUCCUCAGCAAACUGUCACCAACCAGUGGAAAAAUGGAGCUACCAGGGAUUCUAGGAGAAAAAUGCUGUCACCAACUGCCAAACCAGAGUGGCAAAUGUGGGCAGAAUCUGCAGAAACUCGAAUCGCCACCCUUCUUCAGCAGGUGCAUGGGAAACCAUGGAAGACACAAAUUCUGCACAUCCAACCAGUGAAAUCCUAUGCACCCCAUGUGGAUCACAUAGUCCUCGAUCUGGAAUGCUGCCCCUGUCCUUCAGUUGGCUAGAGGAGGUGGAUCCUGGGACACAAGGGGUCCAUGUGCGAGUGGCCCUUAAUGGAUCAGUUCAGUCCAGUUUGUCAUCCCUUUUGUCCCCUGGUGAUUGGUUUUAACAUUUGGUAGCCCCGAAAGCAGGCUCUAGAUCAAUUCAAAUGAUUUUAUUUGUCUUCCAUUGAUAACAUAGAAAAUGAAAUACCUAUUUGGGAGAAGCAGCAUGACCCAUUGAAAUGAGGCUCAUCUGUGCAAUUAUAAAUUACAAAUUCUGACCUCAGUUCUAGCAUUGAGGUUUCAGUAUGUUUGGCCUUGGAUUUCGUUAUUUGCAAAAUGAGAGUUUCUUUGAACUGUCUCAAGUAGCUAUUUAUUAAGCAGCUAUACCAAGGACAUUGGUUACUUUAGAGUGAAAGACACAGUGCUUUUUCCAAAUUUCUCUGGCUUCAAUAUAGAAAAUUGACUGGAGGAGGGCCAAGAUGGAAGCAGGGAGGCCAGUGAAGAGGCUUCUAUAGUUGUCCAGGUCUGAGGUGAUGGUAACUUGCAUUAGGGUGGUGGUAAUGGGAGAUAGAUGGAUAUGAGAAAUAAAAUUGACAGGACCAAGCAAUGGAAUCAGAA